AAUUCUUCUUCCUCUUUCAUUCCCUGCGGGAAUUCCAGCGGAGCGAUACUCGGGACGAACACAACACAGGGACGGUUGUCCUUUCUUUCUUUCGAGAGAAGAGGGACGGCGGUGCGACCUGGUCUGGUACCAGGCGUGGACGAAGGAGUCGGUGGUCUUCCUGGGGAGGAGACAGUAUCGCGCUGCGCGCUCUUUUUUCUUCUUAUGUUCUUGUGGCCAAGAACCAAGCCUUGGGAUGCACUGGCGUGCAUCAACAGGAACGACAGAGAGAUGGCUGGCUGUUCUUCAUCGCGGGAUGAGGACGAGUGGGAGCUUGUGCCCGAGUCUGGUCGGGCUUACCGGAGGGGAGCUGGGGUCGAAGACACUGCUGUGGUCCACUUUCCACGCCUGGGUGGCGGCUGGAGAGAGACGGUGGAGUCGAUGAUGGAGACUGGCACGAGGGUGCAGACGAUGACUCGGCUUGUCGCAGGGCUGGAGGCACGCAUCGUUCCUGGAGUUGGUCUACGGAGGACGGAGAUGGAUCUAUGUCAGUGGUUGACAGAGUGGUCUGCGGAGCACCAGAUCUGUUUGGAUGGCCAGCGCGGCGUUGUGCCGUCACUUGAGCAGCAGGGUGCGUAUCCCGAGGCGGUGAGUGAGGUGAUCACGUUGGUGUCACUUGUGCUUGACUUGGACCGGCAGGAAAUUGUCAAGGCGGUGGCCGACGAAGGAGAGGACGAAGAGGAGGCGCGAGAGUUCCCGUUGGGGAACACUAGCCAGUGGCUUCAGGUGCAGAAGUUUGUGCAGGACCGGAGGCUGUGUGCGUCGUGCACGCCAGGACAGGACCGUCUGAUCGACAUCGAUCACGUCUCGCAGCAGCACAUGUCGCUGCGCUCUUGGGCUUGGGGAAGCCUACGAUAUUUGAUCACUUGUGUUCUAGUUCUCGUCGGCGAAGUCGGCGGGUCGGAUGACCAGGAAGUGUUCCACCUUUGGGGCCUCGUGCAGAGGGUGUUCAAGGCAUCUCAUGACUUGGGUCUUGUGUCGGACGAGGAGUCCGCGGGGGACUUUAGUCUUAUUCAUGGUAUGAUGCAUCAGUGUCAGCUGGAUAAUUUGUGAAGUAGCUCUGCGUAGUACGUAUUGUAGACCAACGGAUCUGGUAUCCGGUGUCGUG